UUGACGAGCGUCGGUGUGAUUGGAUGCAGCUGUGCAGCAGCUCAGUCUGGAAGCAGCUUCUGGAUCACAUGUUUCUGUCCUCAUGGACGAGUCGGCGUUGGAGCGUUACUUUGAUGACUCCAUUGCAAAUGACUCCAGCUUCAUUCUGGGGGAGGAGCUUGGCCUCCAAAGCCCCGCCCACCCGGCACAGAACCCCGCGGGGGCGGGGCCAAGCGACGACCUGGACCUCAGUUUUCUACCCGAUGAGCUUAGUACGCAGGACGAGCCGAGCCGGGGCGACGCGGGUGAAGCAGCAGACGAGCUGAACGAGUCUCAGGACAGCGGCAUCUGUCUGGACUACAGCUCCCAGAAUUCCACAGCAGUGACCGCUGACCCCACACAGGGGUCGUCCAUGUCCGGUCUGGGGACGGGCGCCUCCCCCUUCUAUCCCAUGACCCCUAUGACCCCCAUGACCCCCAUGACCCCUGUGACCGAGAGGUCAGGAAUCAUCCCACAGCUGCAGAACAUCGUCUCUACAGUGAACCUGGGUUGUCCUCUGGACCUGAAGUUCAUCGCCCUUCAAGCUAGAAACGCUGAGUACAACCCAAAGGUACCGAAACCCAACGUCGUCCUUCUGCUUCCUCACAGUGUGAAACUGAGUUUGGCUUCAACGUGUGAUGUGAUGCAGCGUUUCGCGGCGGUCAUCAUGAGAAUCCGCGAGCCACGAACCACAGCACUGAUCUUCAGCUCGGGGAAGAUGGUCUGUACCGGAGCCAAGAGCGCGUGCAGUGAGGAGCAGUCGCGGCUGGCGGCCAGGAAGUACGCCCGGGUGGUGCAGAAGCUCGGCUUCCCUGCUCGCUUCCUGGACUUCAAGAUCCAGAACAUGGUGGCCAGCUGUGAUGUCUGCUUCCCCAUCAGACUGGAGGGACUGGUCCUGACCCACCAGCAGUUCAGCAGUUAUGAACCAGAGCUGUUUCCAGGCCUCAUCUAUCGGAUGGUGAAACCUCGUAUUGUCCUGCUCAUCUUCGUGUCUGGAAAAGUGGUUCUGACUGGAGCUAAAGAGCGAGCAGAGAUCUACGAAGCGUUUGAGAACAUUUAUCCGAUCCUGAGAGGCUUCAGGAAACAGUGACGACCGACCUGACAGCACUUCCUGUUCAUUUGUAAAUAGAUGGAAUAAUUACAUCCAGUAUAUCUGUGUUUUAUUUUGUGUUACACAGCAGAGUUGUGGACCGUAAAUUAAUCAACCAUUUGUUUUACAGUCUGUGUUGAAUGUUUCAUCCUGAAAGGAAAUAAACAACAGUUUUCAUAUCGCA